AUGACUGAAGUAUAUCGGUUCCAAGGACCACUUCAACUGUUUGGUGGCCUUGGCGGUAAGCACACCGUACUAUCAUCUCUUACGAAGCUGGGCCACCGACCAAGGCCGGCAAAUAGGCAGCAUGCCGCCGACCCCUCAACCUCGCCGUUCGCAGAUCGCGCCGGCCGUGUAGCUCAUCCCGGCCCACUUCCCUCCUCACUCGCACCACGCUCCGCCCCCGGUUUCCCCCAUGGCUUCUCCAUCGUCGAAGAAACGGACCCACAAAAAUGCCCAAUACUUUCAGGUGUUUAUCUUUCAUAUCGAUAUGUUCACACUCAUGAAUCUUACAGGCUCGAUCGCCAUGUGGCCCUCAAAGUGACCAGAGCAUCAAAAGCAUACACUGAAGUGGCCCAGAAUGAGACCAAGCUCCACCAGCGCGCCGCCACUGCGAAUCCGUGGUCGCACUGCUCGACCACUUCACCCACGAGGCUGCACCGCGAAUGCGGCAUCGUCCACACCGGCAUCAAGGCCGAAAACGUCGCCGUCUCCAUCCCAAACAUCGAGAACCUCAUCCGCGCCGGGCUCCAAGACCCUCGAAAAACCGAGGGCGACCCCAGGACGUCGUCUCCCUUCCUGGCCUCCCAGAUCCACACCACCCGCCUUGAAGAGAACGAGCAGCGUGACUACAGCUCCAUCUCCGUCAAGCUCUGCGACCUCGGAAACGGCCCUUCUCCGGCCACCAAGGAUGCAGACGUUGGGAUCCAAACCGCUGCCUAUCGCAGUCCCGAGGUCACAUCAUCGAGGCUCCGUGGGACCGCCGGGUGGACAUUUGGAGCCUCGGCUGUCUGGUCAGUGUUCGGCAUCUUCGAGCUCUUGUCCGGGAGCCACCUCUUCCACACUCCGGCGGACUAUAACCGGGACGAUCAUCUCAAUCAGAUCGUCGACAUGUUAGGCACGUUUCCGUUCGACAUGAUCACGGCCGGGGAGUAUAUUCCCCUGCACAUCUUUGAUAUGGAGAUCAUGAAGAAGAUGCAGAAUAUAGAGGACUGGUGUCUGCGCAAGAUGAUGGCCUUCAACGGGUUCGAGAGCGAGAUCAUCGGGUGCUUGGAGGCCAUCUUGAUCGUCGACCCCGCCAAGCGUCCCGAAGCUGGACAGAUCCUCAACGACCCAGACCACUGGCUGGGCCCUGAGAAAACCACCGUUACUCGUCACGGUAAACUGUCCGGCUUGUCUGUGUUCCUUGGCCCUUGA